CUAUGCAAGUGUCACCAGAGCUCCAAAGGCCAAUGGUCAGAGCUACCAGGAGGGGCAUGCUCUGUCUCUGACCACUAGGUGGUAGCUCAGCCCCUGACUGAGAAGAGAGAAGGCACAGACUCCCAUCUAGAGGAGGCGGUGACAGAGAGGCGGGCCUGCUAGGCUGCAUAAAGGCAAGGGAACUGUGACUGAGGCUCAAGCUGCCUUAGCACUUUGUUCAGAAGAUCCUAUCCUAGGGUGAUGACAUUUAGCCUGUGGAUGCCAGGUACCCAGGCUGAGCUAGCGUCCCCAGUGAAGAGCCCAAGGGCUGCUGUGCAAGAGAAGAAGCACGAGGGAGCACUGUAAAUUUGUUGCCAAGAAGAGGAGCAAUGAAUUCCUCAUUUCACGUGCUUUUCUUGGAUCUCAACCUGAAUGCCACAGAAGGCAACUUUUCAGGACCAAAUGUCAAGAACAAAUCUUCCCCAUGUGAAGAGAUGGGCAUCGCUGUGGAAGUGUUUCUGACUCUGGGUCUCAUCAGCCUCUUGGAGAACAUCUUGGUCAUAGGUGCCAUAGUGAAGAACAAGAACUUGCACUCCCCCAUGUAUUUCUUUGUGUGCAGUUUAGCAGUAGCUGACAUGCUGGUGAGCAUGUCUAACACCUGGGAGACCAUUACCAUAUAUUUAAUAAAUAAUAAGCACCUGGUGAUAGCAGAUGCCUUUGUGCGUCACAUUGACAAUGUGUUUGACUCCAUGAUCUGCAUUUCUGUGGUGGCCUCCAUGUGCAGUUUGCUGGCCAUUGCAGUGGAUAGGUAUGUCACCAUCUUCUAUGCUCUGCGCUACCACCACAUCAUGACAGUGAAGCGUUCUGGGGUAAUUAUUGCAUGUAUCUGGACCUUUUGCACAGGCUGUGGCAUUGUUUUCAUCAUUUACUAUGAAUCCACUUAUGUCAUCAUUUGCCUCAUCUCCAUGUUCUUUACCAUGUUGUUCCUCAUGGCGUCUCUAUAUAUACACAUGUUCCUCCUGGCAAGGGCUCAUGUCAAGCGGAUAGCAGCUCUCCGUGGAUACAGCUCCGUGCGGCAAAUGACCAGCAUGAAAGGAGCUGUCACCCUGACCAUGCUGCUGGGCAUUUUUAUCGUGUGCUGGGCUCCGUUCUUUCUCCAUCUUAUUUUGAUGAUUUCUUGCCCCCAGAACCUCUACUGUUCUUGCUUUAUGUCUUACUUUAAUAUGUACCUUAUACUCAUCAUGUGUAAUUCUGUGAUUGAUCCUCUGAUAUAUGCCUUCCGCAGCCAGGAGAUGAGGAAGUCCUUUAAAGAGAUUAUUUGUUGCCAUACCUUCAGAAUACCCUGUAGGUUCCUUGGCAGGUAUUAAACAAAAAGUUUUUCUCCCUGUGGCUCUCUUUUAUCCUUCAUUUACUUUAUGACAAAAUCAGUUGGUACAGCCAAGGAGUAAGCCAGAAAACUAGAAAUCAAAAAUGUGUAGAACUGUUUCUCUUUUUUCUGUUGAAUUUGUGCUUCACUUUUUCCCCCUGUGGCAGUUGUUAAGUCAGACAUGCAUAUGUUGCUUUUAAAAUUUGGGAAUGGGGUGUGACAAUUUUUUACUGUCCUGUUUUCCUCUUACUUUUUCUUCUGCUCCCACCCAUUUCUGGUAGUCCAAUCUAUCCUCCAUCUAGUAAGUGUGUGCUCAGGGAAGAUAAAACAUCCUGGGUGCAGGUCUCAGUGUGAGGAAUAGCUAUAACUGAAACUAUAAUUAUAACUGAAAGAAAGGCUGUGUGAUUGCUUUCUUUCCAUGGAAGCAGUUUCAUAAUUUUGCUUGAUGCUCGUGGGAGUCAUGCAUGCUUUUCAAGGCAGAAUUGAGUGGUCAAAUUCUUUGCAUUUGAAAUUUCCAUUUCCAUUUCCAUUUCAUUUGUUAUAGGAUGACUCUACAGCUCUCUUUUUCUGAACUUUUGAUUUUAUGGCUUAUGUUCAUAAUUGUCCAAGAAUGGAAUUUCCUUACCUACACUCUGUCAAUCAUGUUUUUGCACUUACCUGGACAUAAACCUUCAUGCUACAAACCUUGCUUCAUGUAAUGUGAAAGUCUCUGUCACCCUUUCUUAAUUGUCUUAUUCUGAUUCACUCCAGGGUUUCCAAAUGAGUGUUUUGGGGUCAUGUCAGGGACUCUAGGUGCCCCCAUCCUGCAUGUAGCACAUGCCCAUAGCCAAGUUAUCUUUGAACUUCUCAGAAUCUGUCAUGGAGUCUGAAACCCCCUCACCAUAUUCUUUUCACAUUGCAAUCUAACUCCAGCAGCCGGAGGUCAGGUGCCUAUCUUUAACACAGGGAGUCUUGUUUUUUCCAAUGUAGAAUGGAGGGAGAAAAUUUGAGUUCAGGUCUUAACUUUGCCACCAACCAGCAAUGUUACCAUAAUCAUCUCAUUUCAGAUUCCACAUCUGUGCUGACCUCAUAGGAUGGUCAUGAGAACUGUAUGGAAAAAAUGUGAGAACACUUUGAAAACUUGUGAAGCACCAUAAAGAUUGAUUAUUUAUUUUAAAGAAAUGUUGCACAUAGAACAAAUACUAAGGAAAGAUGCACCAGUCAGUGGUUGGAGGAAUGGCCCAGAAACCAGGAGGCCUGCUUUGCCAUAGAGCAGUUCUGUUACGUUGGGCAAGUCUCUGACCACUGGGUCGCAAUGUUCUUAUCUGAAGUGAAGAGCUUGGUCCUUACAGCUCUCAUAUUUUUGGUAUUAAUACCUUCUCUUUUGUUUUGGAUAUCCAUGUCUAGACUGUUCCCAAUAAAGGAAAUAGUAUAAAUAAAGCUAUGGUCCAUUAGGGUCACAUAAUGAUGAACUGUCAACAGCUCAGGGGCAGAGGAAUUUCUUAGGUAUG